GUGUAGGGCAGGGGUUAGGGUUGAGACUGGGUGUAGGGCAGGGGUUAGGGUUGAGACUGGGUGUAGGGCAGGGGUUAGGGUUGAGACUGGGUGUAGGGGUUAGGGUAGGGACUGGGACUUCAGUAAGGAUGCUGUCAGUGGUGAUAUUAGGUGUGACCCUGUCCCUGCUCAUUCUGCUGACGGUGUUUGGUAACGUCCUGGUAUGUCUGGCCGUCUGCGCCACACGACGUCUCCGCUGCCUCACCAACUGCUUCAUUGUUUCCCUCGCCAUCACUGACCUGCUGCUUGGCAUACUGGUCCUGCCCUUCUCCGCCCUCCUCCAGCUCAGCGAUUGGCCGCUGGGGCCAACCCUCUGCAAUAUCUACAUCUCAUUGGAUGUUAUGUUAUGCACUGCCUCUAUCCUCACCCUAUUGGCCAUCAGCGUGGACCGAUACCUGGCCGUGACCGCACCCCUUAGAUACUCGUCGCUGGUGUUGCCGAGGGGGGUAGCAAUAACGAUGGCUUCGGUGUGGGCGGUGUCUCUGGGGGUGUCGUUCCUACCGAUCCACCUGGGCUGGAACACUGUGGACGGCAGUGUGCAGAACCGCGGCCCGGGGGAGGAGAGGGAGUGUAAGUUUGAGCUGAACCCUUCGUACGUUGCAGUGGAUGCCUCCUUGACCUUUUACCUUCCCCUGCUGAUCAUGUGCUGGAACUACCUCCGCAUACUCCGCAUCGCCCGGGCCCAGGCCAGACGCAUCAUCCAUGCACGACCCAACCUCAACAACAACAGCCCCUCGUCACCCCCUCGUCAACUCACCUCAGUAACAGCGAUGGCUCUACGGGAACACAAAGCCACAGUGACCCUAGCAGCAGUGAUCGGAGCGUUCAUGGUGUGCUGGUUCCCCUACUUCACCCUGUUUACUAUCAUGGGUCUGAGGAUGCAGGACUACCCAGCAGCCUACCCUGUGGUGCUGUGGCUGGGGUACAUCAACUCAGCUCUGAACCCAUUGCUCUACGCUGCCCUCAACAGAGACUUUAGGUCUGCCUACGCCCGCCUGCUGCACUGUGGUAACUAUGGAUACGGCAGGGGGGGGGGCAGGCCAGCGUCGCCCCACAACAGGACCACGACGGGUAAAAGGAACAGGGAGAAAGACAACACACGCGGUGCGGGGGAGGUAGGUGAGGGGGGGGUGUCGCUCUGCUGCGUGAGCACACCUCUUCCUGUAGGGCGGGGCCAGGUGAGACCGGUGUGAUGAUGAUGGUACAGGAAGUCAGAGGAACAACCAUACCUUCCACUCAGCACAGCACAGGGGCGUCUGCUGCCAACGACCUGUGUCAUUCUAUAUCCUGUGUGUCAGAUGGCGCUGACCCUGUGUCUAUCUGUGAGGAGGAUUCAGUGUCCUACCUGUCCUGAAAGCUGAGCCCAGGACCAGCCAACUUAACUCAGACACCCAGCCCAGGGGAUCAAUCACAGACAGGACACUGGGAGUCGUCUAAAUAUCACAGACAAUCUGCAACAAGGAAUCCCGGGGACCUUUAACAUCAGAACUAGAAUGAGACUCUUUUUAUCCCUUCAACCAAUAAGCAGUGACUGGGGAAGCCCACAAGUCACUUUGUUCUGGAACACUGAUACCUGGAAAGUAAUGUAAUUGACAGACGGACGGACGGACGGACGGACGGACGGACGGACGGACGGACGGACGGACGGACGGACGGACGGACGGACGGACGGACGGACGGACAGACAGACAGACAGACAGACAGACAGACAGACAGACAGACAGACAGACAGACAGACAGACAGACAGACAGACAGACAGACAGACAGACAGACAGACUAAAACACUCGUGUCAGAUUGGUGGUGAAAUCUAAGCUCUGGUGUUAUUCACCUGAGCCUGACUGUGAUCUUCCAAUGAAGCAGAUAGUUAUGCCCUCUAGUGAUGGAAUAUAGUAGUACAACCUGACAAGGAGACUAGACUCAGCAAUUAUCUAAUAAAACAAUCAGUGUUCUGAGAGAAAAUGAUUUCAAAUAUGUGAAAGUGUUUAAUCUGUAUGAGGAACUGUUUAACUGUGCAGCUAUAUGUGUCAUAUACUAGGUAUUUUGAAUUUGAGUACACAGUAUGUACAUGCAGCCUACUGGACUUUUUAACAUGCCCCAGAACGUCUUGGGAUCUCUAACCACAGUGCCAUCUAAGUUGUUGUAAGGUUGUGAAGGUAGGCCACCUACGACCAGGGAUGGUACUGAAAGCUGCUGGUUGAGUGGUAGAAUAAAUAGCAUUUACCAGUAGUCAUGGAUUUCAACAAUAUCGUGCCAUUUAUUUUCUCCAGGAGCUCUCUCAUGGUAGCCGUGGGAACGUUGCCCAGGGACAGUGGUUGCAAAUUAGCCGGCUAGCUAAAACCGGGCACUUUUACUGAAACGCUGAUUAAUGUGCCUGUCCCUGUAAAAAAAUAAUAAACUCAAAU